CAUCGAGCUACGCUUCAGUAAUUUAAUUCAUACUAUUUAUCCCAAUCCGUAAAACAGAUCCUGUUGUAAAGGUAUAAAAGAUGUGGAAAAUAAUAUUUUGUUAUAUCAACCAAGAGAUCUUCGACAGGGGUACAGACUUCGAUAAAACACAACUGGAAGUUGAUGUGAGAAAAUGUUUGGAGGUAGUGUAAUACUACUGGUACUAUGUACAGUAUCUGUAUAUGGUGAUCAUUGGGAAUCUGUGUUACCAUGGCAAGUGAAGACAACUCUGCUACAACUCUCUGAUCAGUUUAAUAUAGAUUCAGUUAGAGGAGAUCCCAUUGCCAUUUAUCGAGAGGAUUUGGAUAAAGAUUACGUCGGUUACUGGUAUAUUCUCAUCAACCAUGAUGAAUAUCUCAUCCUUUCAUCUGGACCAGAAACAGGUGACUACAAACUGGUAAUACAGGGAUCAAGUCCUUCUUUAAUAGAUGGUCUGGACAAGGCAGCGUCAGAGAAGAAAACUAAAUGUGUUAAAUAUUUCAUGAUGACACCAACUCCAGAUGUUAACCUAGCAUGUCAAGACAACAAAGGUCUAAUGAUAUUUGCUGACAACAAAGUUGUCUUGGGCAAAAAAGAUUAUUCAACUCUGUCUAAAUUAUGGGAAAACCAAAGACAUGAUGUGGAGCGAGAACAUGUCUGGGAGAACUCUGUGUUGACCAAGUUCCAAAAUGACACCUACUUCCAGGUUCUUGAACACGGAGACAACCAUAAGAUUGUCGUAGGAGACAGUAAAAAUGUGAACAUCAUGGUAAUGAACGAUGGCACCAUAACCGAAGAUGAGGAGCAAGCAAGGCUGUGUCAUCUUCUAGGUAUCUGUCACCCAGAAGACAACACUCGUGUAAACCCACAAAGCUUCCAGCAGACGAAAUACGGACAACUCUUUGUGAACCUCCAUGUACCGCUAACCGAUGGAAAAACACGUGAAAUCUAUCUUACCCUCUCUACUUCCGACAAAGGUGAAACCAAGGGUCAACAAAUAUCCAUUGACCCCAGACGACGUUUCAAGCGACAGACGACAACAGGACCAUGGACGCAAUACUCGAUAAAUGACGAAUAUCUGUUUCCUGAUUACAACCAGCACGACCACGACUGUAAGAAAGGUUGGUUUUGGAAUAAGAAUAAGGUUAAAUGCUGUGCCGUUGGGUGUGGCCCCGUUGCCUGGGCAAUGGUCCUAGGGUAUUACGAUAGAAGAUCCCAUGAUAAACCCGCCACGUACAAUACCGGAAGUCAAGGACUCUUCCGAUGCGGCACAGACGCAACUAGUGGUUCAAACAGUUGUAAAGCCCCUUCCUCUACAACUACGCAAGUGAAGAAAUUGACUGAAUAUCUUAACAAUGUGUUGGGAACCUUUUGUCUGUCUGGACAAGGAGCCACGACACAAGGAAAGAUGAAGAGAUUUGAAAAUUAUUUCAAACCUCGACAAACUUCUGGCAACCCAAGCGUUACUGUUAAUUCUAAGGGUCUUUUAAGCUUUGUCGGUGCAUAUAACGACGGAAUCAGAAAUUCUGGUCUUGCGUACAUUAGAGCUAAGUGGCCUGUCGUUGUGGGUAUACGGGUAAGUGGUAUAUUCUCCCAGCAUUACCCCGUUGCCACCAAAUAUCGUAGCCGAUGGCGAAAAGAAUGCAAAAAGAAUUUUUGGGGUAAAACUAAAUGCACGACUAGUACACAGUACGAUAUGUACGUUCAUAUGGGUUGGGGUGGCUCUGGCAAUGGCUGGAGAGCGGCUAAAAUGUUUAUGGCUGCUGUUGCCAGGUAUUAAUACAGAAUCUUUAUUUUUAUAAAUCCCACCUAGCCAUUCCCGUCCCUACAGAAUAAUAUGUUUUUAAAGCUUACUGAUUGUUUUAUUUUUGUCACAUAUAUACCCGGUCAGUGUCGAUACAAAUGUGCACUUUACUUACUCGUUUUGUUUUUUUUUAUCUUAUGUUAAAAAAAUCUUUGCUUAUAAAGAAUAUAGAUAUUGAUAGCACGUAAAUAAACAAAUGUGUACUUUA